CGAAGGGUUUUUGAACCCGAAAGCUUGCUUAAUAACUAUUCUCCAACUAUUCAGGAAGAAGAGUUUAAAUGGCUUUUGCAAGAAGAAGUCCAUGCUGUCCUGAAGCAGCUGCAGGAUAUUCUGAAGGAGGCUUCUCACAGGUUUGCCCUGUCUGUGGGUGGCUCAGAAGCAGCAGUCAAACAGGAGAACUUCAUGCUGGGCUCCUCGAGCACUGACCAGGUGAAAGGAGUGUUGACACUGCAGGGAGAUGCCCUGUGUCAAGCGGACAUUAAUAUGAAAAUGCCCAGAAAUAACCAGCUCCUGCACUUCGCCUUCCGGGAGGACAAGCAGUGGAAGCUGCAGCAGAUUCAGGAUGCAAGAAAUCACGUGAACCAAGCAAUUUACCUGCUCACAAACCGAGAUGUCGACUACCAGUUCAAAACAGGCUCAGAAGUCCUCAAGCUGAUGGAUGCGGUAAUGUUACAGCUAACAAGAGCUCGGAAUCGGCUCACCACUCCAGCCACCCUGACCCUACCGGAAAUCGCCUCCAGCGGCCUUACGAAAAUGUUCACUCCUGCUCUGCCCUCGGACAUUCUUGUCAAUUUCUACAUUAACCUGAACAAGCUGUGUCUGACCGUCUACCAGCUCCACGCGCUGCAGCCCAACUCCACCAAGCAUUUCAGACCUGCGGGAGGGUCCAUUCUGCACAACCCUGGGGCCAUGUUUGAGUUUGGCAGCCAAAGAUAUGAAGUCAGCCAUGUCCAUAAAGUGGAGUGUGUGGUACCUUGGCUAAAUGAUGCCCUCGUCUUCUUCACUGUCUCACUGCAGCUCUGCCAGCAGCUGAAGGACAAGAUCUCUGUGUUUUCUGGUUACUGGAACUACAGGCCGUACUAGUUUCUCCUGGCAAGUUUGCCCUAAACAGCCCAACCACUACACCUCUGUUCCUCUUAGGAAGAACCCCAUGAGUAAGUAAGCCUGAGAGAGCAUCAUGGCCAUGAGCCUCCACCCUGCCACAAAAUGGGAUCAGUGCUCUCCAGAGACACCAGCUUUAGGAGCCAGCUCAACCUUCAAACGCAGGGCUUCUCACGUUGUGGUGUUGAGCCAGGCCCUGAGCAGGAGUGUGAUGUCCACCAACAGCUUCUUGCAUCUGCGUUCACACAUGGGACAUUAUUUAUUUGUACUGUGCAAACCCUUGAGUACUUGUCUGGUCCAGGUAUAAGGGGCUGAGCGGGGAGGGGGGUGGGGACAGGCAGGUGGGAGGGGGGGGAAGGACAGUGGAAAAUAAAACUAGUCUGUUUGCACAUACUGUAGAGAUCACUGGACCAUGAGCAGGGCUGAGGAGGGACAGAAAUGGAGUAACCAACACUAAUUGGGGCAUGCUGGGUUCCUGGUCAGUGCAACAUGUCAUAGGUCAAGGUGUCAUCUCCUUGGCUGUGACAUUGCUUCUGAACACCCCAAGCCUCAUUCCCUGCAGUCAAGGAACCUCCCCAGCAUCUCUUCAGAUGUUUCCUGAAGCAUCUCCCUGGCACCAAUGUGAGUACCUGUGCAUUUCAGUCCCUUCCUGUCUGCCCCACACAGGCCAGCUGUUUCUUUGUGUUAGACCUCAGAUCUGUCCCUGGCAUGUGAUAUGGACCCUCCCUCUGCCCUCAGUGCUGGGGCUGCUGCUGUGCACUCUGCAUCCUGCCACUGAGUGACCCAGGACAUUAAUUUGUGGCUCACAUUCCGUGUGGUAGGAUAAUUGUUAGCUGCCUCAUAUAUAUUGAUGCUAUGGUAUGUGAAUUGUUCCUCUGCACAGUUGAUAUUUGUGAAAUAAAGACCCUCAAACCAA